UUCGAUUCGGUUGUGUUGCCGUGAAAAGUAUCAAAAAUGCAUACUGCUCUCAUUUUGAUAGUUAUAUCACUGACGCUCGGAAGUUGUAUCGUUUCUGGUGAUAAAUAUUCCAAUAAAUUCAACACUAUCUAUGGCUGCAAGCAGACCGUUGCCGUGAAUAAUUACAACCAUGCUGUGGAGUACAUUCCAACGGAAUAUUUUGAAUACACUGGCACCGGGACGAAUUCCAGCUUUUUUCGAUUCGGUAUCGUGGGACCAAGUGAUGGCGUAAUUCGAUUUUCCAAAGUGCCCAUGCCCUACAACAAAAAUGUUGUCCAUGAAAUCGUGCUAGGACUUGCCAACAAUCAAUUCACGGAAAUUCGUCGCCAGACACGAUUCAAUGCCGCUUCGUUUGUGAACCAUCAGUUAACACAAAUACCGACGCCGAAUAUUCUCUCGGAAACGGAACCUUUCGUGUUUGUCAUCGAAUUUGGGAAGAAUGGAAUCGUGCGGCUGAUCAGAGACGGUGAAAAGGAACCAUUUGUGGAAUUUUCGGACCCAACCGAGGAAAUCAGCUUCGCCUAUGUGGGAUUCUCCAACUGGGUUGCUAAAGUGAUCUACUUCUUCGACUGCCCUGUUGCGAGUUUUGAUUUGCUAGUGAUUAGUAACGACCUGGGAAUUCUGUAACAUCAGUUGGAAUACAAUGUUAGAUGAAGUUUGAUUUUGUGAAUAUUUAUAAAUAUGCUAAUCUGGAGGGGAAUAAAAACAACUCAAACCAAACCAUCUCUAUGCGU